AUGCCGACACCAGCCCCUGAGCCGGAGCCUGCAGGAUUUGUGACUCCUAAACCUGACUUGAUCUCACACCUAGAACGAGGAGAGGUGUCAUGGGUCCUGGAUCUCCAGGGCUCUGAGAAAAGGGACAUGCUGACAGGAACCUGCAUAGGUGAUGGGACAGUGAAUGAGAACAAGGAGGAGAAUUCUCAGCAGGAAGGUCCUGAGCAAGUGGUUCCACAGGGGACGGUAUCAGGAAGAUCGGAAAGGGAUGUUUCCGAGACUUCUGAGCAGGGAGAAGCCUGUCAGACACAGCUCAGGCCAGAGCGGCUGCAGAGAAACCUCUCUGGGGAGACACAGGGUAAAUCCAGUCACCGUGGGAGAAGUCUCAAAGGCAUCCCAAUCUGUCAGGCGACCCACUUGGGAAAGGGACCAAAGACACUUGGUGACUCAGGGGAAAGCUACAAUAGCAUUUCACAUGUUAUUAGUCAGAAGAGAAUCUGCAGAGCAGGAAAAUCCAAGAAAUGCACUGACUGUGGAAAAAGUUUUGCUUAUAAAUCGGAACUUGAUAGACACAAUAGAAUCCACAACGGAGAUAAACCCUAUAAAUGCCUCAACUGUGGGAAAAGCUUCACUCUGAGCUCCACCCUGAUAAAACAUCAGAAAACUCACACGGGGGAGAGACCCUAUACGUGUCCUAACUGUGGGAAAAGCUUCCGUCAGAGUUCGCACCUUGCUAGACAUGAGGGAACCCACAGGGAAGAAAAGCCCUUUAAAUGCCCUGACUGUGCAAAGUGUUUCAUAUGGUACUCGAACCUGAUUACGCAUCAGAGAAUCCACACGGGAGAAAAACCCUAUCACUGCCCCAACUGCGGGAAAAGCUUCAGCGUGAAAUCAAACCUCACGACCCAUCAGAGAAUCCACACGGGAGAGAAACCCUAUAAGUGCCCUCACUGUGAUAAAAAGUUCAGCCAGAGCUCAGACCUCACUAAACACCAGCGAAUCCACACGGGGGAGAGACCCUACGGAUGUGAUGCAUGCGGGAAAAGCUUCAGUCGGAGCUCGCGGCUCCUGACACACCAGAGAGUCCACACGGGAGUGAAACCUUAUAAAUGCCCUGAGUGUGGAAAAAGCUUCCGCGUGAGCUCCCAUCUCACUAAGCAUCGACGGACCCACACAGGAGAGAGGCCUUAUCCGUGCUCGGAAUGCGGGAAGAGCUUCAGCCAGAGCUCAGACCUCACUGCCCACCAGAGGACCCACACGGGGCAGAGACCCUACGGAUGCCCUGACUGCGGGAAAAGCUUCCGCCAGAGCUCACACCUCAUUAGACACCAGAGAACCCACAUGGGCGAGAGGCCCUUCAGAUGCACUGAGUGCGGGAAAAACUUCAGCGUGAGCUCAGAGCUCCUCGCCCACCAGAGAACUCACACGGGCGAGAGGCCCUUCACCUGCCCCAACUGUGGGGAGAGCUUCGGCCGGAGCUCCACCCUGGUCCUACACCAGAGAAUCCACAGCCAGGAAAAGCCCUACAAAUGCCCUGACUGCGGUAAAGGCUUUGGCCGUAGGUCACUCCUCAUCCUGCACCAGAGGAUCCACCUGGGGGACAGACCCUACAGCUGUGGGGACUGCGGGGAGAGCUUUAUUGAUGGCUCCAACUUUGUGAAACACCAGAGAGCCCAUGUGGGAGAUAAGCCCUACAAAUGUCCCGAGUGCAGAAAAGGCUUUGUGCGCAGCUCGGAUCUCAUUAAACACCAGAGGAUCCACGCUGGGCACAAGCCGUUCACAUGCACUGAGUGCGGGAAGAGUUUCAGCGAGAGCUCCAACCUGCACAGGCACCGGAGGGCCCACACGGGUGACCGGCCCUACAAGUGCUCCAACUGUGGGAAGACCUUCGGCCAGAGCUCUGACCUCAUCAAACACCAACGCACGCACAUGGGUGACCGGCCCUACAAAUGCACCGACUGCGGGAAAAGCUUCAGGCAGAGCUCGGACCUGGUCAAACACCAGAGGAUCCACAAUGGAGAGAAGCCCUACAAAUGCCCGGACUGUGGGAAAAGCUUUAGCGUGAGCUCGAGCCUUGCCUCACACCAGAGAAUCCACGCCGCAGCAAAGCCCUAUGAGUGCCCUGAGUGUGGGCAAAGCUUCAGUGUGAGAUCCACCCUGUCUACGCACCAGAGGAUCCACAGCGGAGAGAAGCCCUUCAAGUGCUCCGAUUGUGGGAAAGGCUUCGGCCGCAGCUCCAACCUGGUCAGGCACCAGCGGAUCCACACCGGAGACAGACCCUACCGGUGCUGGGACUGUGGGAAAAGCUUCACUCAGAGCUCAACCCUUAAUAGACACCGGAGAGUCCACAUGGGAGAGCGGCCUCUCCUGCCUGCUGCAUCAGAGUGAUGGACAAAGCCAAUGAUAUCUUGGCCAGCUGGCCAGAGGGUUAUUGGUACUCAGUGCCUGGCCAUACACCCCUCAUGGCUGUGCUCCUGGG